CGUUUGAGUUGACGGUGUCGAUCGGACCAUAUAUGGAGUGAACAACUAAGAAAAGAUAUCCGCUCUCGCUCUCUCGUUCGACGGCCGACGCGAGGAGAAGAGCCGGGGAGGCGACCUCUUGGGUCCGUCACUGCGUUCGUGAAAUAUAAAGCAUCAUCCAAAUGGUCUCGCAGGAGUUCACUGUCGACUUGAAUAAGCCUCUCGUAUUUCAGGUGGGUCAUCUUGGAGAAGCUUACCAAGAAUGGGUUCACCAGCCUAUUGUUAGCAAGGAAGGCCCACGAUUUUUCGCAAAUGACUUCUUGGAGUUCUUAACGCGAACGGUAUGGUGGGCGGUUCCAACAAUAUGGCUGCCAGUUGCUUGUUGGUGCCUGAGCAUGUCUAUCCAAAGGGGCAAUACACUCCCUCGGUUAGCUCUGAUGGCAGCCACUGGAAUAUUUCUGUGGACCUUGAUCGAAUAUACUUUGCAUCGCUUCCUUUUUCACAUCAAAACUAAGAGUUAUUGGGGAAACACUGCUCAUUACCUUCUUCAUGGUUGCCAUCACAAACAUCCCAUGGAUGGACUACGGCUAGUCUUUCCCCCUGCUGCUGCAGCUAUCUUAUGUGUACCAUUCUGGAAUCUGGUUAAACUAAUUGCCACUCCAUCAUCUGCUCCUGCCUUGUUCGGAGGUGGCCUACUGGGUUAUGUUAUCUAUGACUGCACUCACUACUACCUGCACCAUGGACAACCAUCCAAAGAGCCAGCUAAGAAUCUGAAGCGAUACCAUCUGAACCAUCACUUCAGAAUUCAAAACAAGGGGUUUGGAAUAACUUCGUCACUCUGGGACAUUGUCUUUGGCACAUUGCCCCCAUCAAAAUCCUCUUCUCAAAGCAAUUGAUUAUUUCGCACCACCGAGGAAGAUUUUUAUAAUAUUUGGCUGGGUGUGUCUCAUUUGAUCCUUCUCCAAACGUCCAUAUAAACGAUGCUUCUUUUCGUUCUUACAAUGGAGAGCAUUUAUGUGAUCAAGACAUCCACCUAUUCUUGUCUUCAACACUAUACUCUGUCUAUUAGGCUUCAACACUUUUACAUUUUCUAGUCUAAUUCAUCAGGUGUACAAUUGCCUCAUUGUAGUUUGCAGGUUUCUAUCAACCAUCCUUGCAAAACCGGUUCAUUUAGUGAACCAUAUCAGUCAGAGACAAUUGCGACAAAGCUAGUAACAAAAUUUCUUCCUUGCUGCUACUCUUCGCUGAAAUUUUGUUCUAUAAAUUUUCUGCUCAUUGUUCA